AUGGUUGCUAAUGAACAACAACAACAACAACAAGAAGAAGAAAGAAAAGAGGUUAAACUCAUUCAAUCACCAAACGAUAAUAAUAAAUAUAGAUACGUUAAAUUAAAGAAUGGUUUAGAAGUUGUAUUAGUAUCUGAUGAAACUACAGACCAAUCAUCAUGUUGUUUAUCAAUUAAUAUUGGUUCACUUUGUAAUCCAAGAGAGAUUGAAGGUUUAGCUCAUUUUUUAGAGCAUAUGCUUUUCCUUGGUACUGAAAAAUUUCCUGUUGAAAAAGAAUUUGUAAAUUUUAUUUAUUUAAAUGGUGGUAGUUAUAAUGGUACAACUUCACCAAAUAAAACAAAUUAUUAUUUUACGGUUAAUCAAGAAUCAUUUGAAGAAGCAUUAGAUAGAUUUUCAUCAUUUUUUAUAUCACCAUUAAUGAAUGAGGAUGCAGUUAAUAGGGAAUUGAAUGCUGUGGAUUCAGAACAUAAUAAUAAUAUGCAAAAAGAUUUUUGGAGAAUGGAUAGAAUUGUUAAUGAUCAAUUUGAAGGUCACCCAAUGUCAAUGUUUUUCACUGGUGAUAGUUCAACCUUGAAACGUGAUGAUAUCCGUGAGAAGGUUGUUGAAUUCUAUCAACGUUACUAUAGUGCCAAUUUAAUGAAAGUUUGUAUCUUUGGUAGGGAAUCUUUGGAUCAAUUGGAGGAGUAUGCAAAUAAAUACUUUUUACCAAUUGUUAAUAAGGAUGUGAAAGUUCCAAAGCUUCCACCGUUGGCCAUCACGUCGAAAUCGAUAAUGAUCGAAGCAGAGCCAACACAAGAUAUGGAUCUUUUGAAAUUUGUUUUUCCAAUACCCGAUGAAAAGUUAUGCUUCUCAAAGAACUACAAGAAUGCAAGUGCAAGCAUUCUAUCACAUAUAUUGGGUCAUGAAUGCCAAGGUAGUCUAUUUUCAGUGUUGUUCAAUAAAGAUUAUGCAUUCUCUCUAUCCAUUAGUAGUAAUUCAUUCUAUGAGAAUAUGAACAAAAUUGAAAUUCAAAUUCACCUAACCAAAACAGGCUUAGAGAAUGUAGACGAAGUUAUAGCCUUACUCUUUCAAUCGUUUGAAUUUGAUACACCAGAAUACUUUUUCACAGAGAAGAAACUUUUAAGUGAAAUCAAUUGGAAAUCUUUUCAAAAAAGUGCACCCGCCAGCACCACCCAAGCCAUCACCAGUAACUUGUUCCGUGUUGAAAGACCAGAGGAAACAUUAAAGUAUAAUAACUUUUUAGAGCAAUUUGCACCAGAGAAAAUUAAAGAGAUUCAAAGUUAUCUUCGUCCUGAUAAUAUGAUUUGUUUAUUCUAUUCCUCAACCAAAUUCAAAGGUAAAACCACCGAAAUCGAACCACAUUAUAAAAUUAAAUUCAACAAAAGAUACAUUGAACAAUCAGAUUUCGAUAAAUGGAAAUCUUUCCCAAAGAAUACCAAUCUUUUCCUACCAAAAGAGAAUCCAUUCCUCCCAAUCGAUACUACCAUCAAAGCGCCACAAGAUCAUUCAAUUCAUAUUCCAAAGGAGGUUUACAACAACAAUGGUGUUAAAGUCUAUCAUUCAUUGGACCAUCGUUUCAAUUCACCAAAGGCCAGAGUCAACAUUCGUUUCGAAUUGACUUCCUAUGGUAAUAAUCAAUCGAUGGUAAUGUGGAAUCUCUUAAAGAAAUCACUUAAAGAGGUAUUGAAUGAAAAGAUUCUUUACUAUCUUUCAGUUUUAGAUUUCUCAAUGAAACUUCAAAUUCUUACCACUCAUGUAGAAUUGCAAUGCUAUUGCUUCAAUGAUAUCAUCUUCACUGCGUUGGGCAAGGUUUUUGACUUUUUAAUGAAUUUAGAUCUAAAUGAUAUGCAAUUCAAAAGAAUCAAAGAAAAGGUUGCAAAAAGAUUCCUCAGUAGUCAUUAUCUAUCACCCUAUCAAAUUUCAAUGCGUCAUUUAUCUUUACAUAAUUUUAAUUGUAAUUCAAUGUUAUUGGAUAAACAAGAAUACUUGAAAAAAGUGACAAAAUCAGAAUUCCUCAAUUAUUUCAAAUCAUUAUUCUCCUAUAUCAAUUUUAGCGCUAUGGUAGUUGGUAAUGCUUCCAUUGAGGAUGCUUGUGCUUUUGGUGAGAAACUCAAUUCAUUCUCUAAUCGUAAUUCCGCUUGUCCAGGUGAAGUUUUCAAAUUGGCAAGAGUGAAUUUACCAUCGAAUACAAUCACUCAUCAAAGAGAGUUUCUUUAUGAUACCAAUCAAACCAAUUGCUCCUCUUCCAUUUCUUUCCUUAUUGGUCAAUUCAAUAGAAAAACCUAUGCAACUACAUUGGUGAUUUGUUCAAUUUUAGGUAGUGCUUACUUUGAAGAACUUAGAACUAAAAAACAAUUUGGUUACGUUGUAAAUUGUGCUCAAGAUUGUACGGGAAAUGCCAUUUCAAUGCGUUGUAUCGUUCAGUCACACACUAAAACCCCUGAAGAAAUUUUCGAUGCCACUAUGGAAUUCUUUGUUGGUUUUGAAAAAACUUUAGAUUACUUCAAAACAAGUCCCUCUGAUUUUAAGGAUCUCAUUGAGAAUUGUCAAAAACAAAACACAGUAAAACAACAAAGUAAUAGUGCUCAAUCUUCGCUCUAUUGGAGUUUCUUCACUUUUUGUGGUGAUUUCGAAUUUGAAAAAAAGAAAUAUGAAGACAUUGGUAAAAUCACUUUUGAUGAUGUCAAACAAUACUAUCUCGAUCAUCUCUCUCCAAAUACCGCUAAUUUACGUAUUUUCGCAGCUCAUUGUUAUCCACAAUCUUAUCAAAUUCCUGAUGAAGUUAAACCUUUUGGAAAUGUAAAAGUUAAUCUCCUUAGAAAAUAUGAACAUGAUAAUUUUAAAGAAAAUCAUGGUUAUUUAUCAUCAAAAGUAAAUUUACAAAAAUAA